AUGGGCUGCUUCGGUGGCUCCAGCUCGAAAAACGAUGCCGAAGAAGACAAGAAGCGGAAGGAGGCCAACAAGCGCAUCGAGAAGCAGAUUCAAAAGGACAAGCAGAUCUACCGGGCCACCCAUCGGCUUCUCCUCCUUGGCGCCGGUGAGUCCGGGAAGAGUACCAUCGUCAAGCAGAUGAGGAUAUUGCACGUCAAUGGCUUCAGUGAAGAUGAAAAACGGCAAAAGAUUGACGACAUUAAGAAGAACAUCCGAGAUGCCAUCUUGACGAUAACCGGCGCCAUGAGCACCCUAGUGCCGCCCGUACAGCUGGAGAAGGUGGAGAACCAGGAGAAGGUGGACUACAUCCAAGAUGUGGCCAGCAGUCCUGACUUUGACUAUCCAGCGAUUUUCUACGAGUCCACGGAAGAGCUGUGGAGGGACAGAGGCGUCCAGGCGGCCUUUGAACGGUCCAAUGAGUACCAGCUGAUAGACUGUGCAAAAUAUUUUUUAGACCGAGUCCACAUUGUGAAGCUGCCCGACUACACGCCCUCCGAGCAGGACAUCCUCAGAUGUCGUGUGCUCACCUCGGGCAUCUUCGAGACGAAGUUUCAAGUGGAGAAGGUUAACUUCCAUAUGUUCGACGUCGGUGGGCAACGCGACGAGCGCCGCAAGUGGAUUCAAUGUUUCAACGAUGUCACUGCCAUUAUCUUCGUGACUGCCUGCAGCAGUUACAACAUGGUGCUCAGAGAGGACCCCAACCAGAACAGGUUACGAGAGUCACUCGACCUCUUCAAGAGCAUCUGGAAUAACAGAUGGUUGAGGACGAUUUCGGUGAUUCUCUUCCUCAACAAGCAGGACCUGCUGGCGGAGAAGGUAAAGGCGGGCAAGUCGAAGAUUGAAGACUACUUUCCAGAGUUCUCGCACUACCAGACACCACCAGAUGCCGUCUUCGAUCCUGGUGAAUCUCCCGAGUUUAUUAGGGCCAAAUACUUUAUUCGGGACGAAUUUU